CUUUUAUCGGCUCUCUGGCGCUUUCCAACAGAAGUCCUAUCCCAAAUUUUUGUUCACUGUCUCCCGGAAACCAGCCACUUUUCGCCCGCACCAAAGCUAGCUCCUGUGCUGUUGACUAGAAUAUGCCGACGGUGGAGGGACGUUGCUGUGGCUAUGCCCAGUUUGUGGCACAGGCUGGAGCUGAAAGAUGAUCAUAGGAACUGGCAGCAACAAGCUUUCUGCUAUGACUUAUGGCUCAAGCGAUCACAAGAACACCCGCUCUCGUUGACGCUC